AAAGAUGUUGGUGGUCACGGGGACGAGGGUUGUUUGAGAUGUGUUUACUGUAAUGAAUUAUUGCAAAGUUUUGAUGAGGAAACGCUAUCGCUUUGUUUGAUUGCCGUCGAAACGUUUCUGCACCGUGAACCAACAAUGGCCGCACCGAUGCUCUUCAGAAUCAUCAACACCGUCACGAGAUGUCAUCGAGCGGAUGUGCUCGACGAUUGGCCGCAGCGAUUGUCGCGAAUUCUCUUCAAUUUGGCUGCUUAUCUACCAUACGUUCCGUCUGAUGCGUAUUUCUCACAAUGGAGUUCGGUUAUUUCACUUCUCGAUUCCUUCUUCCGACGUCUUUUAUCACAGGCAAUUUCUUUCUCNUGUUUCGAGAUUAUGAGUGUCGUUAUGCGUGUUCAGAAUUUUUCCACCUUCAAGGUCAUUUGA